ACUAUUUAGAAAGACGUACAGGGUUAUCCAGCACCAAACGCAAAGUGGAAGCCAGAAGUUAAGCAUGAACGUGAAUCAGGGGACUGUGGGCAGCGACCCGGUCAUUUUGGCCACGGCCGGGUACGACCACACAGUCCGCUUUUGGCAGGCCCACAGCGGGAUCUGCACGCGGACAGUCCAGCACCAGGACUCUCAAGUGAAUUCACUUGAAGUAACACCUGACAGGAGUAUGAUUGCUGCUGCAGGUUAUCAGCAUAUCCGCAUGUAUGAUCUGAACUCCAACAAUCCCAACCCAGUGAUUAACUAUGACGGCGUUAGCAAGAACAUCACCUCUGUGGGCUUCCAUGAAGACGGACGCUGGAUGUACACGGGAGGAGAAGAUUGCAUGGCUCGUAUAUGGGACCUGAGGUCACGAAAUCUUCAGUGUCAGAGGAUCUUCCAGGUGAAUGCGCCAAUCAACUGUGUGUGCCUGCAUCCAAACCAGGCAGAGCUAAUAGUCGGAGACCAGAGCGGAGUGAUUCAUAUUUGGGAUCUGAAGACGGACCACAAUGAGCAGCUCAUUCCUGAGCCAGAGGUGUCGGUCAACGCAGUUCACAUCGACCCCGAUGCCAGUUACAUGGCAGCAGUCAACAGCUCGGGUAACUGUUAUGUAUGGAACAUGGCUGGAGGUAUGGGAGAUGAGGUGACACAGCUUAUUCCCAAAACCAAGAUCCCCGCACACAAACGCUACUCCCUUCGCUGCAAAUUUAGCCCCGAUUCCACUCUGUUGGCCACCUGCUCGGCGGAUCAGACCUGCAAGAUUUGGAGGACGUCCAACUUUUCCCUGAUGACUGAGCUGAGCAUCAAAAGUAAUAAUCCUGGAGAGACAUCGAGAGGCUGGAUGUGGGACUGUGCCUUCUCUGGGGACUCGCAGUACAUUGUCACGGCUUCCUCAGACAACUUGGCCCGUUUGUGGUGUGUGGAGACCGGCGAGAUCAAAAGGGAGUACAGCGGCCACCAGAAGGCCGUGGUGUGUCUGGCCUUUAAUGACAGUGUGUUGAGCUGAGUAGAGGUGGAGGAAGAGGAUCAUGAUGAUGAUGAUGAUGAUCAGGACUGUGUGACGGAGAAAGCAAGACUGCAUAAAAAGGACUCCAAUUCUAAAUGGUAUAAAAUAUACAUCUUUGGGGGUUUUGAUUCUUUUUCUCUGGCUCUUGAGAAAAUUAAAACUUAACAAUGGAUCUCAGUUGUGUGCAUGACAUUUCAUGAUACACUUUAAAAUUUUGGUUUUAUAUAUAGAGGGUAGUAGUAUUUAUGUACUGCUACUCAAUCACUGUAAAUGAGGUAUAAGUUCAAGUGCCUUUUUUAUUUUGAUAAACGUAUUGAUGGUAACUAAAGUUUCCCAUUAGUUUAACAAAUGUAUGUUUUUUUUCUCAUGUUUAAUGAAUUCAUUUAAUGUAAUGAAUUAAUUUUAAUUUUGUGACUUCAAUGAAUUUUAAGUCACAUCCCAGAGUUGCGGUCUUUCAGUACUGUGUUAUUAAGUUAAUCCAUAACAAAGUGGCAAGAACCCCAGUUUUUAUUUUUUAUUGAACAACAAUGACAUAACACUGGUUGCUGGUACAUGUGGGGAGUGGGCGCCACCAGGAAGGAGUCUAUGCAUGUAUACGGGGAUUUUGCCGAUCUCUUACCUCUCAAAAGUACUGACAGCAUUGGCCCAAUCUUGUUGACAGUACUUUAAAAAAAAAAAAAAGUUUCCCCUCCUUUUCUGAGAUGAUUGGUAAGGAUUGAGUUACUCUGGUAGGUAGUAAAAGCACACAGAAACACAGAUGUUGUUGGGAAAGCAGAUGUCUAUGCAGAAAUAGACCAGCCUCUGUUUUCCCGGGCCUGAGAAGGACAGAAACAAUAAGUUGUAAAAUAACUACAAGUGCAUUCAAAUAGUGCAUGUGUAGUUCUCAAUUUAAUAUACAAAGUAUACAUUUGUUAACAUUGAAGGAGAAUGCAGCAUGAAGAUGCCAGUAAUACCCAAGAGAGAUUGAUUAAUUGGAGAUUCUGCAAUAGUUCCACAACCUUUGCACUGCUAUUUUUUCCAUCUUGUCAUCUACUGUAGUAUUAGAAAGGUCGUUACAGUCAUUUAACACGGGGUUCCGUUCAGCCAGACAUGUUCCUUGGUAACAGUUUUGUGUCAAACAAUAUCAGAAACCACUGGUCAGACUAAAUUCAAAUUCAUAUCUGUUCCUUCACAGGAAUAGGUCGUAUUACAACAGUAUUAGUGUCAUGUAAAUGCUAGAUGGCCGGAGUCUGUUCUGCGCCGCUUACCUUCAGCCCUCUUGGUCCAGUAGAUGGGCCUAUCCUGACAGAGAAGCUUCAGAGGCUCCUCCAAGGCAGAGACAUCUACCUGACUAGCAGCCAGGACCCCCAAGAACUCUGUGUGCCUCUGGGUCUCGUUCGCAGACAGCUGGAACUGACUUUGCUGAAGACAAAAAAAAAGAUACCACGAUGCUACAACGGCUUAUUAGAGCCACAGUAAACAAAUAGUAUGAUGCAGUGCAGUUCUACAUUAUACUGUAAACUACAACCACAAUAGCUACUGUAUUUCUAAUGACAUUGUAUCAGUAACUCAUUAGAUUAUGCAGGUGGAGCUAAAAUUACAGCAUGUGAGCAGGUGGGCUCAAAUUAAUACAAUUAAAAAAUUAUCUUUGGAAUUUGUGAAUUACUUCCAAGAGCCACUUUCAUGGAUUAACUAAGGUUAUCUGGUUCAUCUGAGCCAACAUGACAGAAAUGCAGCAAAAUACUCAAGUGUAUGUCUUUAUGGCUGCUCAAAUUGCCAAAUGACAACUAACUGGAAGUCAGUCGGGCAGCAUUUCACUCCAAAAGAAAAGUCUUAAAUGCUAAAAAGCCCCCCACACACACUGAGGCCAUUGUGUCUGCUCUAGUCUCCUGUAAGAAGAGCCCAGGCUGCAGGGAUCACAUAUUCUGAGGAAUCCAGCAGGAGAGAGACCUUAAAAGCAUCUUCUUCUUCACUCUUGGAUUCAGCAGAAAGAAAAGGUCACCAGGCCGUUCUGCUGGUCUACGGCUGCCAACUGAUUGAG